UUUUCUGUCCAUAUUUUUGGCAGUUCAGCACCUAAAAAAAUGGGUAGUGGUGGAUUUACCUACUCAGUUCCUAAAAAAAUGGGUAGUGGUGGUACCUGCUGCAGUUGUGUUCUUCUAUAUAAUGAGAACUUGAGAAGCAGUCUUCAUCGUUCACUCAUUUUUUGUCUGAAAUAAUCACAGCAUGGAUCACUCACCACAAAAGCCCUCAGUUAUGCACGAAGACCAGCCUGCUGGACACUGUAACAUGCAAAUGAAGCAGAAGCUUCGAAAUGGUGCUGAAAUAAUCAAAAGCGACCAGUUCAGAUCAGACAAGGCACCAGCUGGAGUCGAAGAGGCACAAUAUGGCGAAACGCCUAACCUACAAGUGAAGCUAAACCGAUCCAGAAAAAGAUCGAUAGCGCUGCAGAACUGGAAAUGGGACGAAGUCAUCGACCUCUCCAGUUCUGACAAUGAUGAAGAAGAAGAUGAACUGGAAAAUGAUGAAUGGAUGAAUGCUGAUUGGGGUGACAAUGAUGGCGUGGAGUCCUUCCUAAGAUGCAGCAAAACCCGCCGUAUUUCAGCCACGAAACAAUUUUGAAGAUUAAGUUUUGGUUCCAUUACAUGUGUCUUGCUGUCAUGUUUUUAGAUACUACUUUUAACAUGUUUUAUCAUGUCAUCUGGAUUUAUUUGUGUUUAAACUUCAUUUCUGUUCUAACAUGUUUCUUUCUUUUAACAUAUUUUGAGAUUUUUGUUUGCAUCUUUUAUAUAAUCCAGUUUUAUUCUCAAUUGGUUCUGUUUAACAUGUUGCUUGCUUUUAACAUGUUUUGAGAUUUUUGUUUGCAUCUUUUAUACAACAUGGUGAUGCUAGGAAGGUCACAUGUCAUUGAGUGUUUUAACAAAAUGACAUGUCAUUAAGUGUUUUAACAAAACG